CAAUCUCUCUCGCACAUCUAACAAAGGUAGUUGUUCGUUUGCUGGAGCAGGAGUAGCACAGCAGUUUCAAACAAAUACACCUAAAUCUGAGAAUGACAACAACCCUUUAGCCACAAUCAAUAUCUUUCAGAAAACCCCAUUUUACCAAAUCAAAUAUUUCCUAACAGAAAAACAAAAAAAAGUAUUAAUUAAAAAAAGAAAAGAAGUUCGAGAUGUUAUUACUCUUUCCCUUCUCUAUAUUUCCUAUUGUGAGCAGUUGCAUUUCCCAUCAGUGUUUCAUUUACUCUUUCUCAUGCAUUCACUCCGCGGCCGAAAAACGCCACUCAUUUCCCCUGAAUUAUUCAACAUGAAACAGCACAGUGGCCGUAAGAAUAAUAAUCUCUCAAUAUUCGUAGUCGUUUUCUCCAUAUUCCUCUUUGGUUGUUUCAUGUACAAUGAAGACGUUAAGUCCAUUGCAGAAUUCCCAUUUUCAACACCCAAAGCUCAAGAAAUCACUGAACAAGAAAAUGGGAUUCAAGAAAGCAGUGUUUCAACUGUGGUUAUGAAUUCAAGAACUGUAGUUGAAACAGAAACAGAGGCCGUUAGUACUGAACAGGAAGUUGUGAAUUUGAAGUCUAGUGAAGAAGAGGAAACGGAAACAGAGCAAGAAGAGCAGAAGAUUGAAAUGCCAGUUGAAGAAGAAGAAGAAGAGGAGAACAUUGAAUUGCCACCUGAGAAUUGUGAUCUUUUCGUAGGGAAUUGGGUAUAUGAUAAUGUAACACACCCAAUUUACAAAGAACAUGAAUGUGAAUUCCUCACUGCUCAAGUUACUUGUUUGAGAAAUGGAAGACAAGAUUCUAUGUAUCAGAAUUGGAGGUGGCAACCCAGAGACUGUUCUUUACCCAAGUUUAAACCAAGAUUGCUGCUUGAGAAACUAAGGAACAAGAGACUCAUGUUUGUGGGAGACUCUUUGAAUAGAAAUCAAUGGGAAUCUAUGGUUUGUUUGGUUCAAUCCGCAGUUCCUUCUGGCCGAAAAAGCUUAAACAAGACUGGCUCUUUAUCUAUUUUCAGAAUUGAGGAUUAUAAUGCCACAGUGGAGUUUUACUGGGCCCCAUUUCUGGUGGAGUCGAACUCAGAUGAUCCAAAUAUGCAUAGCAUCUUGAACAGAAUAAUCAUGCCUGAAUCUAUUGAAAAGCAUGGCAACAACUGGAAGAAUGUGGAUUAUCUCAUCUUCAACACUUACAUUUGGUGGAUGAACACUUUCAGCAUGAAAAUCCUGCGAGGAUCAUUCGAUGAAGGGGCGACAGAAUACGACGAGAUAGAUAGACCAAUAGCUUAUCGGAGAGUUUUGACAACAUGGUCUCAAUGGGUCGAUAACAAUAUAAAUCAAAAUCGCACCCAAGUUUUCUUCAUGAGCAUGUCUCCACUUCAUAUAAAGAGUUUAGAUUGGGAAAAUCCUGAUGGAAUAAAAUGUGCUAAAGAGACAACACCAAUAUUGAACACAUCAAUGCCACUAGAUGUUGGAACAGAUAAGAGACUGUUUGUGAUAGCAGCAAAUGUGACUGAAUCAAUGAAAAUCCCAGUUUAUUUUCAAAACAUUACAGCAUUAUCAGAGUACAGAAAAGAUGGUCACACAUCAGUUUACACAAUUCGUCAAGGCAAAAUGCUAACACCUGAGCAACAAGCUGAUCCUGCGACCUAUGCUGAUUGUAUCCAUUGGUGCCUCCCUGGAUUGCCUGACACUUGGAAUGAAUUCCUCUAUUCGCGUAUUAUUUCACGUUCUUGACACUUGGACCUUCUUCAUUGUGCAGCUCUUACUACAAAUUUUCCUCUUUUUGUUUUUUAACCUUUACCCACAAUAUUAAUUUUUGCGCAUUUUCAGUUUGUUUGUUUUUUUAAAAUCAGAAGAGCAAAAGGAAAAAUCUUGUGGCUGUCCUUCCUUAAGUUGGGCUUCUUAUUCUCUUUUUCAUCUGUUUCUGGGGAUUUUCAUUUGGCCUAUGAGUUUAGUGGAACUGCCAAAUUGGACGAAAACUGAAUGGGAAAAUAUAUGUUGUACGAAUUGUACAAUGAAAUUUUAUGAUUCAAAGGAAAUAAUAAUAGAUGCAAAUUGUAAGUAUCUCUUCAAAA